CAUUCAGUCAGUCUGACUUUUUAAUUCGGGAUUCCGGACGUUUAGUUUGGAAAUGUCAAACAAACAAAAUAGCGCAAAUUCUGUGUGUGUGUGAUACACGGACACACGGAAUUACUAAAAUCAUCUGAGAAUACUUAUUCUUCUAAUUGCAUCCGAUCGGUCUUAUAUCCCAUGUAGUUGGUGGCACGGCCACAGUAUCGUUACGCCCGGCGGUGACAACGGCAGUGACAUGAAUCCGGUCUGCUAUAAUGGGGGUGCCCACGAUAGACUCAUACAUGAGGCUGACCAGCUUAUAUCACAUAUUGAACGGGGCUCAACAAUCCUCAAGUUUUAUCCGCGCAAGCGUCCUGAACGCCGCCACCUCUCCGUGAGGAGAGAAACCCAUCAGAUUAUUUGGUCGAGAGCAGGAAUACCACAAAAGAAUGCAUACGAAGGUGCUCUCGAUAUAAGAGACAUCAAGGAAGUGAGGGUCGGUAAGGCAUCAAAACACUUCGAGCGGUGGCCGGAGGAGGCGAAGAGGCUUGAGAACUCGAAAUGUUUCACCAUCUACUAUGGAGCAGAGUUCAAACUGCGAGCAGCUUCGUUUGCAGCACACACUGACAAGGAGUGUGAAGCCUGGGUAAAGGGAAUCAGGUUUCUUAUUGAGGAAGCUAUCAAUGCAUCGUACCCUCUACAAAUAGAGAGAUGGCUGCGGAAAGAGUUCUAUGCUAUAGAAAACGCCAAUGAAAAUAUCACCUUGAAGGAAGUGAAGGGUUUCCUACCUAAAAUAAAUUGCAAGAUAUCCACAAACAAACUGAGAGACUUGUUUCAAGAAGUUGACACGGACAAAAGGGGAGAAAUUGGUUUCGAUGACUUCUCAGUUUUGUACCAGAAGCUGAUUUUUGACGAAAAUAAUGUUCACGAUAUCUUCGAUAAGCACUCCUUGUACUGCAAGAACGGUUCGACUAUCACUUUGCGGGAGUUCCAAAGCUUUCUACGUGUCGAACAGCAUGACAGACUGGGGGAUGACGAAGCCGUCGCUUCGCAGUUUAUCCGGGACUACUUACGUGAUCCCCAGCGGGACAUCUAUGAACCAUAUUUUACUUUGCAUGAGUUUGUUGAGAUGCUGUUUUCAAAACAGAACACUAUCUGGGAUAGCAAACAUGAUGCUGUGACUCAGGACAUGACUAGGCCGCUGUCCCAUUACUGGAUAUCCUCAUCACAUAAUACGUAUCUAACGGGUGAUCAAUUUUCGAGCGAAUCUUCUCUGGAAGCUUACGUGCGGUGCCUGAGGUCAGGGUGUCGGUGCAUCGAGCUUGAUUGCUGGGACGGCCCUGAUGGCUCUCCAUUCAUCUAUCACGGGCAUACAUUGACCACCAAAAUCAGAUUCAUGGAUGUGCUGCGCACAAUAAAAGAACACGCUUUUGUUGCGUCUGACUAUCCCCUGAUCCUCUCGAUCGAGGAUAACUGCACGCUGCCUCAACAGCGCCGCAUGGCGAGCGCCUUCCAAGAUGUCUUCGGAGACAUGCUGGUGGUUCAGCCCUUCGAAAAGAAUGAGACCGCUCUACCCUCGCCUGAAGAUCUCCGCAGGAAAAUUGUGUUGAAGCAUAAGAAGUUGCCUGAAGGAGCUGAGGAAAAUUCUUUCGCAGUUCGUCAAGAAGAAGGGAAAGAUUUGGAUCUGAGAAAUUCUAUUAAAAAUGGGAUCUUGUUACUAGAAGAUCCUGUCGACAAGGAGUGGAAUCCACAUGCUUUCGUGCUGACUGAGACAAAGCUUUAUUACACGGAGCAUUACAGCACUCAAGCUGAGGCCGACGCAGAGAGCGACGGGGAGGCCGAUGUCGAAGCGUCCAGUGUGCCGCAAGACGAACUGCACUUCGGCGAGUGUUGGUUCCACGGCAAGCUGGCUGGAAACAGACAGGAGGCCGAAGAACUCCUGAGGGGUCAUGCACAUCUCGGUGACGGAACAUUUUUAGUCCGAGAGAGCGUUACCUUUGUGGGCGACUACUGCUUGUCCUUCUGGCGCCAGGGCAAGGUGAACCACUGCCGUAUCAAGCUGAAGCAAGACCGCGGCGUCACCAAGUAUUAUCUGAUUGACACCGUGUGCUUUGAUAGCCUUUAUAGUCUAAUUACACACUAUAGGCAGCAUCCUUUACGAAGCCAGGAGUUUCUGAUAACAUUAAAAGAGCCAGUGCCGCAGCCGAACAAACAUGAGGAUAAGGAGUGGUUUCACCCGUUUUGUACGAGGGCUCAAGCUGAAGAGUUGUUACGUAAAGCGAACACCGACGGCGCCUUUCUUGUGAGGCCCAGUGAAAAGGAUCAGUCGUCAUUCGCGAUCAGUUUCAGGACGGAAAGGGAGAUCAAGCAUUGCCGAAUCAAGCUGGAAGGCCGAUUGUACACGAUCGGAACUGUUCGCUUCGAGAGUCUGGUAGAACUUGUCAACUACUAUGAAAAGAACCCCUUGUAUAAGAAGGUCAAACUCUGGUUCCCUAUCAGCGAAGAUAUUGUUAGACGCAUUAUAGCUGAGCCGGAUGACAACUCGGUUUACGGGACUCCUGGGUAUAUGGACCCAACAGCCUUCACUUCUAAGGUGACGGUGAAAGCUCUAUACGAUUACCGAGCGCGUCAAGACGACGAGUUGUCUUUCUGCAAGCAAGCCAUUAUCACUAACGUGGAUAAGCCCGACGAAGGUUGGUGGCGAGGCGACUACGGCGGCAAGAAACACCACUGGUUCCCAGCCAACUAUGUGCAGGAAAUUGAGGUUCCGCACAUUUCUGAGGUCCCUGGUCUCGAGAAUGAAACGGCAGCUUUGGGCUCAUUACAGAAGGGCGUGGUAGAUGUAUUGGGCGCCGUGGUCGAGCUCGUGGUUGGAGAGGAGAGUGGGUCGGCGCGUUGGCUCGUCAGGAUACAGAGCCCUCAGAUGUGCGCGCCCUUCGACAUGGCCGCGCCCACUCGGGAGAUAGCCCUCGAGUGGCUCUCCGCCAUCAAGGAGGCCGCAUACAGCGCCAGUGCUCGCUCCCUACAACACAGGAAAAUGGAACGCACAUGGAGAAUCGCCAAAGAAAUGUCCGACCUCAUCGUCUACUGCCGCUCGGUCACAUUCAACCAAGACCGCAUCCGCACGAAGGGCUUCAUAUUCAACGAGAUGUCCUCCUUCCCUGAAACCAAAGCUGAGCGGCUGAUGUGCCAGCAGGAGACGCCAUUCUUCCUCAAGUACCACACGAAGCAACUGAGCCGCAUCUACCCCAAAGGGCAGAGGAUUGAUUCGUCGAACUACAAUCCCGUUCCAUUUUGGAACUCGGGCUCUCAGAUGGUCGCUCUGAACUACCAGACUCCUGAUAAGCCGAUGCAGAUUAACAUGGCCAAGUUCAAGGAGAAUGGAGGGUGCGGUUAUGUGUUGAAGCCGGACUUCAUGUUCGAAGAGACGUACAAUCCAUAUGUGAAGAAGAGUAUUGAGAAGAAGGUGAAGCCAAUGAUAAUAAUGCUGCGCCUGAUCGGGGCGCGACACCUUAUCAAGACGGGGCGCGGGACCACCAGUCCCUCCGUCGAAGUUGAGAUUAUUGGAGCUGAGUAUGACUCGAGCGUGAAGCUCGUCACCAAGACUGUCGAGCGAGGAGUGCUAGACACAUUAUCUCUGAUGUACCGGCGCGUCACACACGGGCGCACUCCUCUGCCCAAAAAGCGCAAACAAGACCGCAAUCUCAGAUACACAACACUAUUAAACAAAAAACAAAAGAAUACUGUCAUGAAGGCCGACAAUGGACUGAACCCAGUGUGGAACGACAUCUGCGAGUUUGAGAUUGCAAACCCGGACCUGGCGGUUAUCCGGUUCCUUGUGCAAGACGAGGAUAUGUUCGGAGACAGGAACUUCAUCGGUCAGGCGGCGUUCCCCGUCACCUGCCUGCGUUCCGGCUACAGGAGUGUACCUCUCACCAACGGCUUCUCUGAGGAGCUGGAGCUCUCCUCGCUACUCGUACAUAUAUCCUUCAUCACGAGCAAAUAGAUCAAUUAGCACAGCUCGCCGAUGCUAUUUCUAACCAAAAAUUAACAGGUUAUACAUAAUGGUAAAUUGAAUCUAGUUCUAAUACGAAUGGAAUCUGAGAGGCAAAUCUUAUUUAUCCACAAAAUAUUUUCUAAUAUUAUACUUAUUUAAAAUUUUCAUAGUAUACAUUUACAACAAAUAUUAUACUUCUACACUGAUCUUCUAUCUUUCCUGGAAUCAUAUACAUUUUAUUGAUGUAGUAGUGUUAAUCAAAUUAUGAUGUAUUGAUGUGGCUUUAGAUGGUAUCUUCUGAAACUUUAAUGUUCAGAUACUUGAUAAAAACAAAUAUUUAACUUUUACACAUGUUGAAGAUAUAACGAAGGUUAAGAAACCACUAUUUUGCUCGAAUAUUUGGAUAUACAUAUUUAUUCUCGAAUUUUUGUGUACCUCUUAUUUCUAUUUAUUUGUUAACAAAGAGAAGAAAUAGGUGACACGGUGGCUCUUUGCCGCACCAACACCUGAAAGUAUAUAAAUUGCAAAAUUCUGUAUCCUGUUCUUUAUUACGAAGGAAAUAAAAGUCUGUAGUAGUUAGAAUUGAAAAGUGAGAAUACUGUGCCUAACAAGCUAACGUAUUAAAUCGAUGUAGACGUGACCCUCAUUAAUUAAUCGUUAAGAACGCACUAUCGAAGCGAAGAAGGUAUUUUGUAUAACUAUUGUAUUUUAUGAAUAAUUCCCAAAACAGUUUUACACAAGCGUGAUAAACUCACGAAACCUGAAAAGUUUUUAAUUUUCACUUUAGGGUUAAAAAUACGUGUGGUCUUAUAAAAAUAAAUGAAGGCCAGGCCUACUUACAGCAAUUAAUUUUAACAUAAACGUGCGUCACAAUUUUGAAAAAGCGCCCGCUGAAGGAUUUAGGAUAAUAUUCAAGUCAAAUGAAAUUCGUUGUGAUGUAAUGAAACCCCGUCAUUUCAUUUGGAUAGGAUAAUUAUAUUAUAUGUCGUGUUUGCUUUGCAGACUGCUCAUGAGGUUUUUCAAAUUAAUACUUUUGUAUAUUUCGUGCACGACAAUCUUAUUAGAGGAGAGAUCUAUUUACUCCAGUAGGCAUAUAGAAAACGGGUCAUGUCUACAUUUUGGUAGAGUGUGUUCAAGGAAUGCAUAAUAUGAGCUUACUGAGACUGAUUUUUAGUAAGUAACAGAAGAAUGGAAUUGUAAAGUCAAAUAAACGCAACAAAUGAAACAUAAGUGAGAAACAAAAUAUUAUUAGAUCUUAAACAUUGAAAGAAACUCUUUCUCAAUAUUGUUUAAAAUAAUUUUUACGCAAUCAUCACAAUUUUAUGCAUUUUGACUAGGUGGUUAAUACAUAGAUAUAUUUCAAUCUUUUAGCAUAAUAUUAACAUUUAUGGGAAUGCGUUAUAACCGGGUUAGAAUGUGGUUUUUAUGCGUGCCAAAUCUCUUUCACGUGCAAUUAGCCUGCUCUGCACAAUUUAUGAACAAAUUAAUAUUGAAAGCAUGCCUACGUAAUAUUUUAUUGUUAUUAUAGAUAGGAUAUAAUCCAAAUUUUAAUGUUUCAUUGAUGUUUGUCAUGAUAUAUUUAAUUAUACCAUAUAAAUAUGCUUUGUUGACGUACUGGAUGCGGUAGUUUAAUUCUAAUGAUCUUAUAAAAAAAAUAUUAAAAUCAUCCCGGAGAUACCAAAAUUCAAUGAAUUUUCAAAGUUUUAUCUAUCGUUGUCACACGAUAGCAACCUUUUUUUGUUAUUUAUCGGAGUUUGCCGUUUGGCCUCUAAAAUAUCUCAUUGUAUUUUAAUACUUACUUUGUAUGUUUGCAAGGCAUUUUAAUGAACACUAUUAAACCCAUACAAUACAUGUUACUAUACGUACAUUUUAUAUAGUUUGUAAGUGUUUAAUGUAGUUGUAGAAGUAGUAGACUUUUGAAUAGUAUAUUAAUCACAAAAUAGCGCACAAGUAACUGACGAGACUGGAUGUAUAGGUUAACAAGAUGUCUGUGAAAUGGGUUACAUACGAGACUAUUCACACAAUCAAGGAGUUUUUAACAUACACUAUAAAAAAUUUACCGUAAAAUUGGCCGAAACUUUUUUUUAAUUAUAAGGCCUGUCUAAUCCCUGCGGUUAAUAAAAAGUCAGAAUUAGUUAAUAUGUUAUUUGUUUCAUUUACCCCAGUUACGUUUUGUGGUGCUAUUCGUUGGUGCAUUUUCAAUUUUAUCUCACUUUUGUUAGACUCUCAUGUGCUCUCUCGCGCACAGAACCCGAUAGUAGUUUAAUUUGCAGAUCUAAUAUUGUGCAAUUAGCCAUUUCACAGAAAUCUUGGGUGGUAUAGCAUGUUAGAAUAUUACGUAUUCAAGUUACGUGCCAGUUUACAAUUUGAAUGUGUUGUGUUUUAUAUUACAAUCAACGCUAAAUAAGCGACCAGCAUUGAACGGCCCUUUGAAUCUCUAUUUUUUUUUUUGUGUAAACUGUAUAAAAUUGUUUGGUUAUAAUUGGAAUUUAUUAUUAUAAUUGACAAUUGUGGAUAACAUAAACCCAAUACUAAACUUAUUAUAGUACGUGGUCUUUAAAAGUAGUUUUAGUAAGUUUAGAGCAUUUUUUUUGUUCCAUAUGAUGGAUUUACCCAGUACUUUUUUAGGACCAUGUUUAAAAUACAGUGGUUCUACAGGGUAGUCUAAAAGCUGAUAUCAAACUUAAAAUAUAGAUUCCCCGUUACUAGGAGCACAUGAUACCCCAUGUACGUUCCGCGAUUUUUAAUGGCGUGUAUGCGUUUUUGCAACUAAAACAUCAGGUUCACUUUCACGCCAAAAUGGCUGAUCGGAUGUUGAGAACAUUUGAUAUGGAAGAAGUGAGGCAUUCAAUAGUUUUGGUUAAACGACCAGAGGUGUUUUUUUCCAUAUGGGUAAAAAGCCCGCACAGGAAAAAAAAAUAUUAGUUAAAAAAAAGCUGAAUUAUCCUUGACAUCUGAUUAAUUAAUUGUUUGGAAUAGUUUCCGCAACUUGUAAAAAUCUGACUAUGAUUGUUUAUAGCUCGCUUUUAUAUUGGUUAUUUUUACAUUGAUUUUAAUUUUCGUACAUAGCACAUAAUUUUGUAGCCUGAAAAUAAAGGAAUUUUAAUUUGAUUUGAAAAAAUAGGUAGUUCAAACUAUAUCUCCUUAAGCCUGGGCGCACACAUUCGGUUUCCUGAUCAUAUAUGAAUAUGUGCGUCCAGACUUAAUAGAUUCUUUGGGCUGCAGAAGACUAGUUGAUUGUAGGUAAAACACAUCCACAUUACACGGUGGUAACUAUUAAAAAUACAUACUAUUAAUUGACUAAGAUAUAGUAUUGAAUUAUACAAAUUCAUUUUGCAUUUAUAUAAAUUUUAUAGUUAUAAUAAAAGUAUUGUAAUCGAAUGAAAUGAUCUUAUUACUAUAAUAUGGGUUGAGGGCCUAGCUCUAAUUAAUUUAAAUUAUUACAAUCUGGCACACAUCGUUAAUCGAAGAACACGAGGUAUUUUUCAAAACUAGUGCUAGGCCCUCAAGAACAUAUAUGUUUUAUUGGUCUCCAGAGAUAAAUGUUUAAAUAUUGAUGUCAUCUUGUUGUCAAUGUAAAAAAAUAAAGCUCACAACUGUGA